CCGACGCGCUUGCGUGUCGGUGUCAUGGCAACGGAAACCCUCUCCCAGACGGCGGUUCACCUGGAGGAGGUGUCUCCUUACUGGCUCUGUUAGCAAAUGAAGCAAGUCUGAGGCCGGAGCAGAAGUUAGCAUCCUCCACGCUUUCACUAUGUGUGUGUUGCUCGUGACCUAAAAUCAGGAGCGUUAAAUUCAGCUGCUUUCUGCAUCAACCUCUGACCCGACACUCCUCAAAUCAACACAGAGAUGAGCCUCAUGAAGAAAAAGGGUCCCAGUGGUGUGAUCACCGUUCACACACCUUUUCCUGCCAGCCUGUUACAAUCAGAGGAGUGCAUUACAGAUGUGAAGGACACCACGGAGAGCAGAAAGAGCACGUCACAGCAGCGUGAAAGGACAAGGAGCACCUGUACCUCUGUAACACCAGGGAAGAGGAACGAGUGGGCCACCAAACAGAACUUGCUCUCUUACACCUCCCUUAGAAAGCUGCAGGCACAGCUGAAGGCUGAAAAACAGCAGGCAAAAGAAAUACUCCAGCCAUUACAGGACACAGAAAAUGGUUUUAUGAAGGAGUUGGAGUUUUUCCUGACUCAGCGUGAUGUAGCGGAGCUCAGGAGGCGAGAGCUGCUCCACAAACACUGGACCGAACAUGUAUGGUUUCCCCUCCAGCAGAGAGUGGAGGAACAUGUGUCCAGCUGUGGACCUGAGCACGCCAAGAGGCGCCAGAGCCUAUACAAUCAGUACCUCCAUCUCUGCAACACCAAGGGUGUUGUCUUUCUAGAAAGCUACGAUCCACGGGAGUACGAUCCUUUACUUCUCAACAUCAAAAUGCAACAGGACCCAUUACACCAUAUAAAUGAAAGACCAACAGGAAAGAGAAGCCACUCGCCUUUGGGAUCAGGACAUAAACACGCACGGACAAAACCCGAGCAUCUAACUACAAGUCAUCGACUUUUUAGUGAGCCUGUGAAGUCUCAGGCCAACAAAUGUCUACAGGCCCCAUCUGAAUAUGCAGCCUCUGCAUCUAUUAAUAGACCAGUGGUGGUCGAGACUGAGCGAACCAAGUCCAGCAGGCCUAAUACCAUACCACUCCACAUCAGUGUAACUGCCACAUCAGAUGGAAGGUGCCACCAGACCAGGUGCUGGUUCUCCAGAUGUGGAGGUCUCCACCGGCCUGCAAGUUAACAGUGACUUUGGCCACUGCCUGCAUCCAAACAAACCAAAACUACCUCACAAGAGACAUCCUAGACAUCACACUCGAAAGACACAACGCAACUGUAUACACAUUUUAUUCAUUUGACAUGUUUUAAUAUUCUUUCAUUAGCAGUGCUCUGAAAAUGUACAAAUCUCAACUGUGAAAUGUAUAAAUCUGGUGAAAUGCUGA